AUGGGCCUAUUUGGCCACAUGCGCAUCCACGAGAGCGGCCUUGACCGCACUCCCGACACACCCACCACAUCCACCGUGCACACCCCCAACUUCGCCUCGUCCAUCUGCGCCACCACCACCACCACCGCCUACUUUGUCGCUGACACUGACACCGCCGAAUUCUUAUGCCCACACUGUCCACGCACAAUCACCUCACGCAUCGGCCUGGUCGGUCACUUGCGAAUCCAUCCCACAGAGACUGGUGAACCAGUGCCCGGAGCACCAACCUAUACCCACCAAGCUCGUCUCAACUGCCCACACUGCCCUCGCACCUUCAGGCAUCGCAUGGGCCUAUUCGGCCACAUGCGCAUCCACGACGACCUGCGGUAG